CGAAAUAAUAUAUUACACUUUCAUACAUAUACCUAUGUACCCAUUAAUUUUCUUUCACUUUUAAAUUUAAUUGAUCAAAUUCGUAUGGAAGUUCGUGCGUGUUCGUGUAUAAUUAUUGUCGUUUACGCUUCAUAGUUAUAGUUAUAAUGGACUUGUCCGGGUUUUGUAGGUACUGUCUGACGGAAGACGAUGCAAAAACGCCCAUAGUCGAAGAUCCUGAUGGUCUGGCUGAGAAAAUAAAUAUGUGUUUACCGAAUAAAUUUUCAGAAGAAGAUCCGUUCCCAAAAAUGAUAUGUAAUGGUUGUCAUAGAAAACUUUUGGAAACUUAUAAUUUUUUUAUGUGCAUUCAAGAGACUGAGAAUCAUUUUCGCGGCAUCUUAGAUCAAAUGAAUCAGCCACCAAGUGAUUGUGAUGUAGAGGCACCCACAGUUAGAAGACCGAGCAAAAGAAAGUCUGGACCUUGUAAACGUUUGCCUGUUAAAUCUCCUAAAAAAACUGCUCAUGCUGAUGUUGCAGAAAAAAAUGAAGAUUCGAGUAAAACUGAGGACGAUCCCUCUGAAAGUUUGACAGAAAAACAAGAUAAACCCCUGCAUGUAUGUGAAAUCUGUGAUCGUACAUUUCAAAAUCUUUUGGCAUUUAAUACUCAUGUGUUAAAUCAUAAUAAUGAACCUCCUACUAUUUCAUGUGAGUCGUGUGGUUAUACAACACAGCAUCGAUCUUCUAUGUACCGUCAUCAAAAACGUCAUUUAAAGCAGUCUAAGUAUACAUGUUCAGAAUGCAAUAAGAAUUUUAUUACAGAAAGUUCAUUAAAUGAACAUAAAAAUAAGCAUACUGGUGAUAAGCCAUUUAAGUGUGAGUCGUGUAAAAAAUCAUUUUCAUUAUCUCGAUACUUGGCAACGCACAUGCGCCUUAUACACGGAGACACGGUAUCAUAUGUGUGUACUCAAUGUGGGCGUAAAUUUGAUGAUCGUAGCUCACUUGCUUUACAUCGUCGAACACAUAAAAGAGCUAUGUCUUGUCUGUGUGACAUAUGCGGCAAAGAAUUGUCCAGCAGAGAACAUUUGAAGUUACACAAACGAUUACACACUGGGGAGAAACCAAAUGUAUGUAGUUUCUGUGGUAAAGGCUUUGCAAAACAAUGUACAUUAGUAUUGCAUCUCAGAACUCACACUGGUGAAAAGCCAUACCAAUGUGAUCAAUGUGGUAAGACAUUUUCACAGCGAUCUUCUUAUGUAAUUCAUUAUAGAAAACAUACUGGAGCAAGACCUUAUGUAUGUGCUUGUGGUAGUGGUUUUGUAUGCAGAGCAAUGUUAACUGCACAUGAGAAGACAUGUGCUUUUGUUUUUCCUAUCAACAUGUACCAAAGCAUGUAUUAACUUAACAUUAUUUUAAUAUUUUUUAUUCUUUAUAAAAUCUAUUAUUGUUUCUGUAAAUAUCAUUGUUAUGACAUGAUUAUAAUACAUUUUUUUUUAAAUGCCAUAUUAUUGAGUCCCUUACCAAGUGUUCACUUCUUUAUGAUGGAUUUUGUUUUAUUUAAUAUUUAAGAUGACAAAAUUAGUAGUUAACACUAAAUGAAAUAAUGACUCAUUCAUUUUUAUAUAAUUUAUCACUUUGAACUUGUAUAGUUAGUCAAAUAAAAUAUUUUCAUUUGUGUAGCACGUACAUGUGAGGACUUCCUAAAGUCUAAUUAGGUUGCCUGUUUGGCAGAAUUUUUAUUGGGCACUCUUAGGUUUCUGCCAUGCCCUACUUGGGAGGUAUGGGGUUUCUUCAAAAGAGCCUGAUCAGAGAGAAUUGCCACCUGUGGCUGGGUUUGAAUCUGAUAGUACACAUUUGAACUGACAUCUUAAUCUUAUUAGCUCUAGUGCUCCAGUAAAAUAUUUAAUACUUAUGUUAAUUUCAAAAAAAUUACACUGUUCAUUAUAUUUAUUAGGUUAAUGCCUGCUUUAGUAUGGGCUGCACAAUUUUCAAAGAAUAAUUUUAAAUAUUUAUUUUGAGGGAAUUGGAAGUAUUUAUUUAAUACUUAUAAUAUUAUUUAUUUUACAUAAUAUAAUUGUAAGUAAUAUUGAUAAUAUAAUAAUAUAAUUUGAUUGAUUUGAAAUGUAUACUCAUUUUUUUAAUAUAGUUACAGUGUUCCCAAGGUUGUGAAGAAAAAUAGAAUAUUGUUAUGGAAACUAAACAAUCUAUUCAAACACUAAAAUUAAAAUAAAUAAGACAAAAAUAUAAUUCUUUAAAAUUGUAUUUAAAAAUUUUUUGUGUAUUAAAAAGAAUAUUGAAUUGGAUUUUUUUGUUUUCAACCAGAAACAUAUUUUUUUCUAAACAGCCUUGGUUGUCAUCUACAAGAGUUUACAAAUUUAAGAGGUGGAACAAUAUGUUAAUGAUCCCACCGUUUUAAAUUAUUGAAUUCUUAUAGGAUAUUCUGUAAUUAAAUUUGUGUUAACUUUAAUAUGGGUAUUGUAUUACCAAACCUAAAAGUUAUGAACACGUUUUGUUUCAUUGUGCAAUACUUCAAUACCUAUGUUUAGAUAUUUUUGAGAAUAAAUUAUUGUAUGGUAUUAUUAUAA